AUGGGUUUUUCAGAUCUAUUCCAAGCAAUCUACAGCUUCUUCUGCGGCCCUUCUGAGCCUCCUACCCAGCCACCACAAGGCCAAACGCCCCCGCGUGUUUCUAGACCCCAUCAGCAAAGGCCUGUCCAAGAACGUCCACCGCGCCCUGUGCAGAGACCGCCGCAAGCCCCCCGGUCUGCGCCUCCGCACCGGCCGUAUCUGCCCUCUCCUCCAGAAACUCCACCCACAGCUCGUACGCACCAGGAUGUCAAGCAACAGAACCAACAGAACGAGCAUUAUCGGUCUUUGCGCGCACGCGCGAGUGAAGAAGGCGCGAAGAUGGGCGAAUGCUUCGAGGAAAGCCAUGCAGCCUAUGCGCGACGCGACGGCGCGCUCGCCAAGGAGCUCUCUGUCAAAGGCAGAGCCCACCAACGCGAGAUGGAGCGGCUGAACGCGCAGGCGAGCGAGUGGAUCUUCACUGAAAAUAACAAGGGAAGCAUGCCAGGAGAGGUUGAUUUGCACGGCCUGUUUGUCAAAGAAGCCAUCACGUUCACGGAGCGAACCAUCGAACAGGCGCGGAGGCGAGGCGACUCGAAGAUUCAUUUCAUAGUCGGUAAGGGUCUGCAUUCCCCGAACGGCGUCGCAAAACUCAAGCCCGCAAUUGAGGAACUAAUGCAAAAGCAGGGCCUCAUUGCAGAACUGGAUAGCCAGAACGGAGGUGUUCUCAUAGUCAACCUCGAUGGCCAGCCGACUGGUCAAGGGGCCAUCAUCCGCUCAGAGGACAUCACACGACGCCUGGCUAACAAGAACUCCCAUGAUAUCGGGAAACACACCCUCACUCUGGUCCCGGUGCCAUCGCGCACGCAGCUCGCUGCGCUGCCGGGCCCUCAGGCACGUCUCAAGCAGCUCCAACCCGUUCCCGUUCCCCGCCCACGCGCAGCCCACCCCCCACCAAAUAUUCCACCUCUCUCCGAACGCGACCCGGGACCAGACUACGACCUCGUGCGGAUAUACCACCCCGACUCGCCCGUCAGCCGCGCGGUCCCGCCCGAGACAGCCCACUCGCGCUUCCAGGCGAUCAGCGCAGCCUACGCGGUGCUGUCGGGGAAGCGGCACCACGCGGCGGAGGCGGGGGCGGCGGACGCGUCGUCCGAGGGCCUCCGCCCAGACUACCACGGCCUGAGCACGGCGAUGUGGCGGGCGAAGCAGCGGCGCCGCGCCGAGCUGGACGUCGGGCUGGACGACAGGUGGAAGGACGCGGCCAUGCUCGGGGCGAUUGCGCUGAGCAUCGGUGCGUUCGUGUGGCAGACGUACUCUGCGCGCCGACAGGUGAUGUCGGAGGCGGCGGAGCGUCACCAGUGGAGCACCAGCCGACAGCAUAGUCGGAAACCAUCAAGCCGUCCAGAUGACAAUGCACUGUUGGCAGAGACAACGUCGGAUACCAAGGAAUGA